GGAGGAGCCGAGAGCGCAGGCGACGCCGCGGGAGGUUCUGGAAACGCCGGCUGCUGCGCGUGUCCAGUAGUUUCAGAGUCCCGUGGUGAUUGGCUGACUGACUGAACAAACGGGGCUUUCUGUGUGCCUGGAGACUUGAAGGACAGAGGCAAGCAGACGGAAGAAGAGGCAGAAAGUUCAAGUCUAGAGCAGAAGCAAGAUACUGCCCUUUCCAGUCAUGAGGGUCCAGAUGUUUGUGUGGCUGGUGUCCUGGUUUGGUGUCCCAAGCUGGGUGCAGGCAGAAUUCUUCACGUCUAUCGGGCACAUGACUGACCUGAUUUAUGCCGAGAAGGACCUUGUACAAUCCCUGAAGGAGUACAUCCUUGCGGAGGAAGCCAAGCUCUCCAAAAUUAAGAGCUGGGCCAGCAAGAUGGAAGCCCUGACCAGUAAGUCAGCUGCCGACCCUGAGGGCUACCUGGCGCAUCCUGUGAAUGCCUACAAGCUGGUGAAGCGCUUGAACACAGAAUGGCCUGCGCUGGGGGAUCUUGUCCUGCAGGACUCCGCCGCAGGUUUUGUCGCCAACCUCUCAGUGCAGCGGCAGUUCUUCCCCACCGACGAGGACGAGUCUGGAGCUGCCCGAGCCCUGAUGAGACUUCAGGACACGUAUAAACUGGACCCAGACACGAUUUCCAGAGGGGAACUCCCAGGAACUAAGUACCAGGCCGUGCUGAGUGUGGACGACUGCUUCGGGAUGGGGCGCUUAGCUUACAACGAAGGAGACUAUUACCACACUGUGCUGUGGAUGGAGCAGGUGCUAAAGCAGCUUGACGCCGGGGAGGAGGCCACCAUAAGCAAAGCCCUGGUGCUGGACUACCUGAGCUACGCUGUCUUCCAACUGGGUGACCUGCACCGUGCUGUGGAACUCACCCGCCGCCUGCUCUCUCUUGACCCAAGCCACGAGCGAGCUGGAGGGAAUCUGAGGUACUUUGAGCGGUUGUUAGAGGAAGAGAGAGCAAAACCAUUGUCAAAUCAGACAGAAGCUGGACUAGAGGCCCAGGAGAGCUUCUACGACAGGCCCACAGACUACCUGCCCGAAAGGGAUGUGUAUGAGAGCCUGUGUCGUGGGGAGGGCGUCAAGCUGACGCCCCGGAGGCAGAAGAAGCUUUUCUGUAGGUACCAUCAUGGAAACAGGGCGCCACAGCUUCUCAUUGCCCCUUUCAAAGAGGAAGACGAGUGGGACAGCCCGCACAUCGUCAGGUACUACGAUGUGAUGUCCGACGAAGAAAUCGAGAGGAUCAAGGAGAUUGCGAAGCCCAAACUCGCAAGAGCCACUGUUCGAGAUCCUAAGACAGGUGUCCUCACUGUCGCCAGCUACAGAGUUUCCAAAAGCUCCUGGCUAGAGGAGGACGAUGACCCUGUUGUGGCCCGGGUCAACCACAGGAUGCAGCACAUCACAGGGUUGACAGUGGAGACUGCAGAGUUAUUGCAGGUUGCAAACUAUGGAAUGGGAGGACAGUACGAACCACACUUUGAUUUCUCUAGGCGACCCUUUGACAGCGGCCUCAAAACGGAGGGAAAUAGGUUAGCGACGUUUCUUAACUAUAGCGAUGAGCAAGAUGCUUUCAAGCGUUUAGGGACUGGGAAUCGUGUGGCCACGUUUCUAAACUACAUGAGUGAUGUCGAAGCUGGUGGUGCCACCGUCUUCCCCGACUUGGGAGCUGCGAUUUGGCCCAAGAAGGGCACAGCUGUAUUCUGGUACAACCUUCUUCGGAGUGGGGAAGGCGAUUAUCGAACGAGACAUGCGGCCUGCCCUGUGCUCGUGGGCUGCAAGUGGGUCUCCAAUAAGUGGUUCCAUGAGCGAGGACAAGAGUUCUUGAGGCCCUGUGGGACAACAGAAGUCGAUUGACGUCCUUUUCUGCUCUGCCCACUCCUUGGCUCCACAGCCCGAGGCAUCUUCAAGUUCAGCGUGAGAGUCCUUUGGAUGUCCCAGCUCCUGUCAGGCAGGUCAUUGGAGGAGCCAGUGUUUGUCUGAAUUUGAGAGAGUGUGUCCUGGGCCUAGUCCGGGGUGACCUAGGCCCCAGACUCUGGCCAGCCUAUGCUUGCCCUGGCUCCAAUGGUAGCAUUGGCAUUGGCUGCAGGGAGCCAGACUGUAGCACCCAGCACGGUGUCUCGUACCUCAGAUGUUUCAAUGAAACCAAAGUUCUGAUGCUGUUUACAUGUUUGUUUUUAUGACAUUUCUAUUUGUCGUGGCUUUAACCAAAAAAAAUAAAAUGUCUCCCUGCCAGAAGCCUCAAA